AUGGUAACAUAGGUUGACUAAUGGAGGAACAGGAGACUAAAGCCCCUCCGGAGGAGGCUACCAAGGAUACAGAUUCUGCAAGUGGCGAUGGAGAGAGCAAGGACGUUCGGGUAGAAAGCACCUUUGAAGAACUGGAAAAGGAAUUUGAGGAGGUGCUGCAAGAGAUGGUGGGAGAUGGGAGUUUGGGCAAAUUCAAAACAGAGUAUGAGAAACUCCACAAAGCACUCAUAAAAUCACACGAGAGCGAGAAGCGCUUAAUGCUACAAUGCCAAGAGCUAAAUGCAGAGCUUAUUUCAAAUGCAUCAAAAGUCACUUCAGCUCUAAAAAUCACCCAAGACGAUAAAGCAACAAUAUCCUCACAAAAGCAAGAGAUAGAGAAGCUGUGGCGUGCAGUGGACGAUGCACAAGACAAAGAAACCAAAACUCACGAGACUAUACACCAACUCAAACUUGAGAACAUCAGCUUGAAUAAGCUCAUAGAAAAUGGAGCUGGAUUUGGCCCAGCAAUGCAGGAAAGUAUGAAGGCUCUAGAAAAAGAAAAGGAGGAGCUUACAGUAGAGAGAGAUGAGCAAAUGGAGGAGAUUAGUGCUCUGCGCACAGAACUCAGUGAAUUAAUGGAAAAACGAAAGGAAGCAGAAAACGAAAGAGAGUCAGUUGAGCUAAAAGUCUUACAGUUGCAAGAAGAAAUAACAGCAAAGAACCAAGAAAUAGAUAGAGAUAGUCGUCGAAAGGCAAAGCUAGAGAAAGAUUUGAGAGGUGUACAGGCAGAAGUUGAUAAUAAAGUAGAAGAGAUUAAAGCUAAGCAAGCACAGCUGAACAAAGCACAUGAAGAUUAUGCAAAGGCCGAGCAAGUAUUGAAAGACACACAGAAAAAGUACGAGAAUUCUGUGAAGCAAAACGAAGCACUCGAGGUUAUGCUUGACAAGAAAAAAAAAGAAUACGACCAAGAGGUGAACAGGAAUGAAGAACUGGCUAGACAGAAUUCAGAACAAAUAAUGGAACUAAAAAUGAAAGAAGAGAGCAUUAAUGAGUUUAAGCAAGAGAUAAUGAAGAUUAAUAAGAUACGAGAAGGACUGCAGAAAAAACUCAGAGAAAUUGAAGAACGAAAAGCUAAUGUGGAGGCAAAUAGAGAUUCAUUGAUGCAGCAAAUAGCAUCAAUUGAAAAAGAACUGGAGCAAGAACGAAGGCAAGCAGAAUCAGAGAGACGGUCUUUUGAUGAAUUAUUAAGAGAAAGAGAUAUAAUCAGCAAAUCACUGCGCAAGUCAGAAGGAUCAGCUGAGAGACUAGAGCAUUUAAUGAAAAUGAAAGAACAAACAAUAAAAACGCUGCAACAUGAAAUCACAAACUUUAAAGAAGAAGCUAAGAAGCAAAGGAGCCUGUUACUGCAGCUAGAGAAGGAAAGAGACAAAUAUGGCAAAGAAUCAACAGAUGCUACGCAAAAGUGCCUCCAGCAGAUGGAAGAGGUAAAGAGGAAAGAACUAGAAAUGCUCCAGCAGAAGAAGCUAAUUGCAGAAGCUCAAAACAAACUGCAGCAGCAAAAGACAUUGUAUGAAGCAGCUAGCAGUGACAGGAGUCUGUAUAGCAAACAACUGAUUGAAGCCAGAGAUGAGAUCACAGACAUGAAACGUAGAAUAAAAAUACUCUCACACCAAAUUGAUCAACUAAAAGAAGAAAUAGCAGCCAAGGAUGGGGCAAUGGUUAAAGUGAACGCUGACCUUAUGCAUCUUGAGAGAGAAAAGGACAAUCUCAGUGCUGAGAUAUCAGGCAGGAAACAAGAGCUUGAGGCAGCUAGGCAACUACUGGAGAAUCAAAAAAAUGAAGAAAAGAAAUUACGUAAAGUUCUAACGGAAGCAAGCACAGAAUCAGCAAGACAAAAGAAAGAAUUAGAGCAAGUUAUUAAUGAGAGAGACAUACUAGGAACUCAAGUGAUACGACGCAAUGAUGAACUCUCACUUCUCUAUGAGAAAAUAAAAAUACAGCAAUCAACACUUGAUAAAGGAGAAAUACAAUACAAGAGCAGAGUAGAGGACAUUAGGAUAUUAAAAUUAGAAAUUAAGAAGCUGAGGAGGGAAAAGGGUCUAUUGACUAAAAGUGUAGCUAACAUUGAAGACUUAAAGCGGGAGCUAUGUCAGUGCCAGAGAGAAUUAUUGAGGGAGAGGACUAGAUGCAAAGCUAUUGAGGAAGAGCUUGAGAAUCCAAUCAAUAUACACAGAUGGAGAAAACUUGAAGCAAGUGAUCUUGGUACGUACGAGAUGAUACAAAAAAUACAUACACUCCAGAAGAAACUGAUACAAAAGACUGAAGAGGUAGUAGAGAAGGAGUUACUGAUUCAAGAGAAAGAAAAGCUAUAUAUGGACUUAAAACAAAUACUGCAGAGACAGCCUGGACCAGAGGUAGCUGAACAACUACAGAUCUAUCAACAAACACUAAAAGAGAAAACAAAACAAAUGAAGAGCAUGGCCAGUGAAUUGAACAUGUAUGAAACACAAGUUGCUGAGCAUAAGAUGGACAUAGACAGGCUUGAGCGAGAACUACAAGAAGUUAAAAAGAAGUACUACCUUCAAAAGAAGAAAGAACAUAUACAAAAGGAAAGAGAGAGGAUGCUCACUAAAGGUUUAGCUCCCCCAGUAAUUCCAAAAGCAACCACCAAUAUGCCACGUUUCACUGGAGGGGGUUUCAACCUUAAACCAAAUGUUCUUGCUUGAAUAUUUUUACGUGAUAAUACACAAUAUUACUUGAUAUUAAUAACUUUGUAAGAUAGCAUUUUCAUAUUAAUUAAUUAUGAUUACUUAUAUUUUUAAUUUUUACUUUUUAAUUUUUUAAUUUUGCUUUUUUUCAAAUUUGUAUAAAUACAGUAUUAAAGAUCUUUAAACACAA